AACGACCUCUAGCUCCUCCUCUCCGAGCGCUCAACACUCAUAGCCAUCAUGGCCUCCUCUUCUCUUCCCGCUUGCCUCCAUGCCAAGGAGGAGGACAUCCACAAGAUGCUGGCUGCCCAGGUGCACAUCGGCACCCGCAACAGCGACAGCCAGAUGCAGGACUACAUCUGGCGCCGCCGCCAGGAUGGCAUCCACAUCCUCAACAUUGGCAAGACCUGGGAGAAGCUGGUUCUUGCCGCCCGUAUCAUCGUGGCCAUCGAGAACCCCCAGGACGUUGUGGCCAUCUCGGCUCGCCCCUACGGCCAGCGCGCGGUGCUCAAGUUCGCCCAGUACACGGGCUGCCUGUCCAUCGCCGGCCGCUUCACCCCCGGUACCUUCACCAACCAGAUCACCAAGCAGUUCCGCGAGCCCCGCCUGCUGAUCAUCACCGACCCCCGCCCUGACGCCCAGGCGGUGAAGGAGGCGUCGUACGUGAACGUCCCCGUCAUCGCCUUCUGCGACAGCGACUCCCCCCUCCAGAACGUGGACGUUGCUAUCCCCUCCAACAACAAGGGAAAGCUGUCCAUCGGUCUCCUGUACUGGCUGCUGGCCAGGGAGGUGCUCCGCAUGCGCGGCACGAUCGACCGCACGGUCGCCUGGGACGUUCCCGUGGACCUCUUCUUCUACCGCGAGCCGGAAGAGCUCGAGAAGGCGGAGGAGGCGCAGGCCCCCUUCCAGGAGCCCGCCGCGGCCGCCGCCAGCGGCUGGGGCGCCGAUCCCAUGGCCGGCGGCGCCGCCCCUACCCCGAUGGAAGGCUUUGCCGCCGUCGACCCCGCCGCCGCGGCCCCGGUGCCCGUCGAGUACCAGGCGCCCCCGCAGGCGGCCGCCAUGGGCGGCGGCUGGGACGCCGCCCCGGCCACGGGCGCCGAGCAGGGCAUGCCCGUGGAGCAGGUGCAGCCCGUGGCGGAGGCCAUGCCCGUCGACGCGGGUGUGCCCCCGGCCGCCGGCGGCGGGUGGGACGCGCAGCAGGCGCAGGCCCCGGUGCAGCAGGCGCAGGCGCCGCAGCAGGCGCAGGGCGGAGGGUGGGGCGGAGCCCCCGCCCAGGCCGGCGGGGGGUGGUAAAAAGAGCGCUCCUCAGGGCGGCCGCUUGAGGCUCUUGGCGAGCGAGAGCUGAGCGGUUUGCCGUACCGCCGAGGUGUGUCUGGCUGGUUCUUGUCGAACACGCCGGUGUUGGCUUGUCGCUUUAACGAUGAGCUGCAAACGAUUGAGGGCGGGGGACGGAGGGGGCUGGUAUGUGAGGCUCUGUUUCGCGUUUGCUGCGGUGUCGAGCAGGUGACUGCCGGCGCAGCUGGUGUCACCUCUUUUGCCUGGUUUCUUUAUACUAGGGUCGGUCGUUUGUGCCCGUGGUGUCUAGUUGAGCUGCUUCGUGAUGCCGGGCGGUAGAGGGGUGGGUGAGUAAGAGAGAGAGAGAGGUCGUUGGAGGUCGGGUUUAUCUGAUGCUCAAAAGCUUGGGUUUGGUCACCCAAGCUUGGGUUUGGUCACCCAAGUUUCGGAUGCGCAUCACAUGGUGCCGCCUCAUCAUAAAUAAGCACUAAAUCGCAAAAAAAAAAAGAUCCCUCGAGGUGCCGAUUUGGGCUCUGUUUACCUCGUCGAUGGCUCGUGUACAGCAGUAUGUUGUAUGAUCUUCGUUCUCGAAGGCAUGACCGAACAUGGGGUUAUAGCUCCCGCCUCCAUG